UCUGUGCUCCAUCGGAUGCGAUUUUAUCGUAAUGCGAAUCGCAAGUGGUGUCUGUGCUCUUCCGAUUCGCAUUGCGAUUUUGAGUUUGACGUUUGGCGAAGGAAAACAAAACAUUAUCGAAGAAUAAACAAACCAGAGAAAAGGCUGUUCUAUUCGUUUAACUAAACAAAGACUGUUCUGUUGUAUUGACUGUAAAUAGAAGUGUCUUAAACAUGGAUUCGGAUUCUGACUCUGAGGUCAUGUUGAGUACAAAUUUCUCUUUGCGUUACAUCUUACUAAAGAAACGGCGCAAUAAAACCAACGAUCUGUGGAAACAUCGUAAGCGAAAUGGACAGUACUAUGUGUUAUUUCCCGAGUUAUUGAAACAAGAAGACAAGUUUUUCCAGUAUAUGAGAAUGUCGAAAAAAACAUUUUACUUUAUAUUGAGAAAGAUAGAACCUUUCAUCGCCAAGUUGCCUACACAUACUCCAUAUAUCUCUCCGGAAGAACGAUUGAUGGUAACUCUCAGAUUUCUUUCUACAGGAUUGCCGUUCAAAUCACUGUCGUUCACUUUCUGCAUCGCUCACAAUACGAUUGGUACAAUUGUUUAUGAAACAUGUGAAGCAAUUUGGAAGACAUUGAACGAAGAGUUCAUUCCUUUUCCAACAACGUCAGCUUUCAACAAAGUGGAAAGAGAGUUUCUUAACAAAUGGAAAUUUCCUAAUUGCAUUGGUGCCAUCGAUGGCAAACAUGUAAGGGUGAAGGCACCGUCAAAAUCCGGUACUCAAUAUUUCAAUUACAAGAAAUAUUUUUCUUUGCAUUUGCAAGCAGUAGCUGAUGCCAAUAGCAAAUUUAUAGCCGUUGAUGUUGGUGAAUAUGGGAGUCGUUGUGAUAGUGGUGUUUUUAAGUCAUCAACGUUGUAUCAACUAAUACAGUCGAAUCGCCUGAAUAUUCCUCCUCCCAAGCCACUUCCUGGCACUAGACAAGAUGUGCCUCACGUGCUCAUUGGCGAUCAAGGCUACCCAUUGAAAACUUUUUUACUGCGUCCCUACCCAGAUAGUGAAGAUCCAGCCAAACUUCAUUUCAAUGAAUUGUUAAGCAUAGCAAGACGUUGCGUUGAAUGUGCUUUUGGCAUACUAGUCGCUAAAUGGCGAUGCUUAAAAACAGAAUUACAAGUAACUCCAGAGCAUGUCACGUUAAUAGUCCAAACAACAUGUUUGUUACACAAUAUUUGUAUGGAAUUUAAAGAACCACUACCAAAUCCAGCUAAAAACACAAGGGCUUCAGAUAUCAAUUAUAAUAGAGCUAACAACCAUUCAUCUCACCAGGCAACGGAUUUAAGAGAUUAUUUCAAAAAUUACUUCUUUAAUCACAUCGAUUGAUAUAAUAUAAUGCUAGAAAUAGAUCUACGUAAACAUGUUUCGGUAAAAUAUAUGUUUCUCAAUUUUUUCUUAUUUCAAAAUAGUUACUGAAAAAACAUUUUAAAAUGAUUUUGUUUCCUGAUAAAUGGCUGGUUGUGGUGCAGAAAUUUUCCUACAGUUUGUGGUGUUAAUAAAAUAAUGCAUUUUCUUUCAAAAUAUCACCAUUUCUUCGGAUGUUACUUUCAAUACUGGCUCGUAAAAUUUCAUGUGGGAUAAAAAGUGAAAUUUAUUAAUAAAAAAGUGCAAUCAAAAACAUCUAUCUUUAGUUUCAUCCGGAGCAAUUUCAUGAACUAUACUUUUUUAUAGAACAAAUGGUAUGAGAACACACAAAUUCGUACAUAAGAGUUUUGCGGUAAUUAUUCGGUAGGCUGGCAUGAAUUGAUACGGUAGGGUUGCAUGGAAUUAUGCUUAUAGGGAUGUGAUAUUUGAAAUUAGUAUAGAAAUUAGGUCCCUCAUGCAAGAAUCCAUGCAGGGGCUUUAAGGCUAAAAAAACAUAAAAUAAAUGAAAUAAUCUGCUAUUACCAAUACACCUGCCAGCGAAAUGCGUCUGAAAUGCUCUGAACUGCUUAGGAUAGUGGGACUCAACAUCACACAUUUCCAUUUGCCGGUGUCAUAGAAUGUGCAGAUGGUAUUUCUUUAUUCCAGUUUUUCUAUUGGACAUUUUCGGAUGUUAUUGCUUUAGGAUUUCGGAUGUAGUUGCUUCCGGGUUUAGGAUGUCGCUAACAAAACCAUGUAACAAGUGACAAUUUUACCAACACCGUGUUAGGCCCGACCAUCCUCGAUAGCAAAGCUUCUUGCUCCCUUUCGUUCAAGAUGAAGAUAAUACGUACCGUUUAUUUGAAGCUGAUUUCCGAUCAUAUCCCAUGUAUUCUUUUUUAAAAAAUUGUCUUUGUACCUCGAAUCGCGAAGAUCCCAAAGAAAAGGAUGCUCCUGUACCAAAAUUAUAAGUUUUUCAUCAUCAACACGUGAAUUCGCCAUGGCUCUAACAAGAUUGUGUUUGUUUACUUUCGCGCUAACAUUUCUUGUAAAAUCAACUCUUUUCUGAGUUUAUAUUCCUGAGUUUAGAUUGACAGAUAAAAUCGGAUGCGGCGUCCGACGAAAUCAAAAAAUUUUGAUUCCGUCGUACGACGAAAUCGCACGUCCGACGUUAUCUGUCAAAUUCCAUAUAAAAUUUUGACAGGCCUUCCGAUAAAAUCGCAUCCGAUGGAGCACAGACACGG